GCCAGCGACUGGAGUUGGGAGAAGAACCCAAUCUGUGCGACAGUAACUGCACAGUCAACUAAAGCAUAAAUAUUACAAAAAAUUUAUCGAAAUCGUUGUUUACUGCUCGUCUUGUUUUUUUGUUUUAUUGUAUUAUAAGAGGAUUGACUCGUACAAGUAUUUGCAUCACGAAGACCACUUGCCCGCAUCGAAUCAUCGCUCCAUCCAAUGUUCAUGAAGACAUUCUGAAAUUACAUGUUCUUCCAUAUUUCGUUGGGAUUGGAUUACACAAAAGGCGGCACGGACUCACACAAUUAUUCACUCUUCUCAUUGCAACAGGGAGCCCCAGACCCCGGAGAUGAAUAAGCUGCGUCAGAGCCUGCGCAGGAAGAAGCCCACCUACGUGCCAGAGGCCAGCAGACCCCACCAGUGGCAGGCCGAUGAGGAGGCCGUACGCAAGGGCAAAUGCAACUUCCCCGUCAGGUACCUGGGUCUGGUGGAGGUGGAGGAAUCCAGAGGGAUGCAUGUGUGUGAGGAGGCUGUGAAAAAGCUCAAAAUUAGUGGGAAGAAGACAGUGAAAGCAGUUCUGUGGGUGUCCGCAGACGGUCUCAGAGUGGUGGAUGACAAAACCAAGGACCUCAUCGUAGACCAGACCAUUGAGAAGGUGUCCUUCUGCGCGCCCGACCGCAAUUAUGACAAGGCUUUCUCCUACAUCUGCCGUGACGGCACCACGCGCCGCUGGAUCUGCCACUGCUUCAUGGCCCUGAAGGACUCGGGCGAGCGUAUGAGCCACGCCGUGGGCUGUGCCUUCGCCGCCUGUCUGGAGAGGAAGCAGCGGCGCGAGAAGGAGUGCGGCGUCACAGCCUCGUUCGACGCCAGCCGCACCUCCUUCGUGCGCGAGGGCUCGUUCCGCGUGACGUCGUCCAGCCAGCAGGGUGUCGAGCGCGAUGACAUCAUGAAGCAGCUGCAGGACAAGAAGAAAGAGCCCCCGUGUACCAUCCCAGCCAUCCCCCCUGGCACCUCCUCACCCCCUGAGGGCGAGGCCUCGCCCGUGGGGCAGGGGGUAGAGCACGCAAUCCCGCGGCGCCACGCGCCCAUUGAGCAGCUGGUGCGGCAGGGCUCCUUCCGGGGCUUCCCGGCCCUCAGCGGGAAGAACUCGCCGUUCAAGAGGCAGCUCUCGCUGCGCCUCAACGACCUGCCUUCCAACCUGCAGCGCAAGACCGCCGACUUCCAGAGCAAGAACCCAGUCCCAGAGAUGGAUCUGUCUGUGUGUGGCGAGGCAGACAACAGCAUCAACACUCUGUGCAGCCAGAUCAACCAUUCCUUCACCAGGCCCUCUGAGGAACACUACUCCAACCCCACCCCCAACGGCCUGCCAGGCUGCACUGUGCCCCCAGCCAUCCCCCCUCCACCCGCCCCCCUGCAAGCCACGUCCUCCUGGGUGCAGGCGGAGCCCCCGGUCCAGUCCCCUGUCCACAGUGGACACAGGAGGACGCCCUCCGAGGCUGAGCGCUGGCUGGAGGAGGUGGCCCAGGCCGUCAAGGCCCAGCAACAGAACCCCAACCUGCCCCCGCCACCCAUCCAGCCCACCCCUGCCAUUCCAGGGCCACCCAUGUCAAACGCAGCUAUGUCUGUGCCACCUAUGUCUAACCCACUAAUGCCUGGCCCACCUAUGUCUAACCCACUUAUGCCUGGCCCACCUAUGUCUAACCCACUUAUGCCUGGCCCACCUAUGUCAGGUGUGCCCAUAACGGGGGCAUCCAUGCCGGGAACAACCAUGCCAGGGGUGCCUGGCUCCCUGCCCACUUCCAUGCAGCCGUUUCCCUUGGCGUUUGAUGCCACUCCUGCGCCCGUGAGCCUGUAUAACCAGCCACCCCUGCAGCCAGCGUUUGUACCCAUGCAGGCCUACAUGCCCGCCCUGGCCAACAGCAUGGUGUACUCCAACGCCAGUGUGCCUGUGGUGGGCAUCACGCCUUCCCAGAUGGUGGCUAAUGUCUUCUGCACGGCAGGCGGCUCUACCGGCGGGCCUUCCAUGGGCAUGUGCACAGGGCCCAAAAUGGGCACGCUCACCGGCGGGCACCGCCACUCUUUCUCCGGCCAGCCGGGCGGGUUCCCUAUGCCACCCUUCGGAGCUCAUCCCACCGUCAACGGCCUCCCCCACAACAUUCCCACCUCCCCCGCCACCAUCAUGCAGAACGGCACCAGCAGCAAUAGCAGCAGCUGGCCACCGGAGGGCGCACAGCAGGCCAACCCGCUCCCAGCCAAUGCCCAGGAGGUUGAUCGCUUCGAGGCAAAGUGGGCCGCGCUGGAGACCAAAUUGCAACCCAAGGCGGCGCCCAACCCUUUCUCCAAUGACUUGCAAAAGACCUUUGAGAUCGAGCUUUAACUCUGUAUUAACCCAGGUCAGGCCACUGCAUAGACUAUGAUGAUGCAGACACCCAACCACAAUGAACCACUCCACCCCCCCCCUCCAGCCCCCUGCCCCUAAAUGCUGUCGCUCCCCGUCUUAUUGAUUUUCUCCUCCUCUGUUGAGACCCCAGGAUGUAAAUUGGGACUGAAUGAAGGGGGACAUGAUGACUGUGUAUGGGGUUCCUCGCGAUGCAUUCCCUGGGAUUUCUAGCAAUCAUGUUCUGCGUGGGGAUCUAUGGAAGAGCCAGAGAAUAUGGAUACAUCACAUGACACCGAGAUGAGACACUGAGAGAGAUUAUGUUGAUGUUACCCAAGCACAGCAAAGGCCCUGGUUGACUAGCCAAUGACACGAAUCGAUGGUGGAGACCCCAAAGGAGGCGUCGACCAAUAAGAGUGACAGACAGUUUGAUUGCCAAAAUGGUUAUAUUUAUGAUUUUUACUUAGCUUUUAACCUGUUAUAGUUUCACAUGGUUGUUUCUCCCUGUAUUUAUUUGUGUGGAACUGGAAAGAGGAGGAAAAUAACUAGCAGCUGCAACUGUGUCAGCGGAGAGAGCAAAGAGAGCGAGUGAGUCAUGAAACGAGAGGUUGGAAACGAGUGUAAAUAGCAUGCUUUUUUCACCCUCUAUUUAUUACCAAUCCAUGUAUAACCGUCAAUUUGCUUACUCAACCCAAAUGAGUCACCGUUAGCUAAGUCACCAUGGUGACCUCACCCCUCUGUCCCAGUGCCACUCCACCUGCAGGGCAGACACACUAGAACCCUAGAACAUUCUGGAAAGGGUCCGAAUAGUGCGCCACAUUCCAAGUUGGUUGGUUGAUUGGCAUUAUAUUCUAAAACAUGGUAGUAGUCACCCCCGUACGAGUGUAGUCAGUCAACACUAUGAGAGUCUAUUUGGAAGUGUUGAGCCUAAGGUUUGAAAUGGCACCCUAUUCCCAUAUAGGGCCUUGGGCAAAAGUAGUGCCUCCCUAUAGGCACAGACGUCAAUUCAACGUCUAUUCCACGAUGGUUCAAUGCAAUUCCCUAGAAAUGACGUUGAUUCAAUCGGUGUGUGCCCAGUGGGCUGGGUCAAGCUGCACUUCUGACAUAAUGGGACUACAGUCCGUUUGUCGAGGCUUCUGGAUCCAGGCUCUUGUCUUGAGGCCAUUGUGACGGGCAGAAGUUCUGGCACCUGCUGUGUGUGGUCUAUCGGGCUGAGUAAAGAUGUCGAGAGGAAGUGAUGAGUCAUUCACCACUUUAAACAGACAGAGGAAGGCAUCCAUCUCUGUAGAGGGAAAACAAAAGACAUGAAAGUGACACGGUUAGUCGAGGGGGGGGGUGGAGAAGGUGAAGGAUAGACUGAGAGAACGAGGGUAUGUGAGAAUGAGUUUGAGGAUGUGGACUAUUGAAAGGCUGUGGUGAACUGAGAAAAGAUGAAAGAAGAAAGGGUUGGAUUAAUGAAAUACCAUACAGGCAAAACGGUACGUUAAACAGACUGUUGUUUCAUUCCUUUCACUGCUCCCAAACAAAGGCACUUCUGUUAGAGUUAUAGUCACCAUGCAUUUAGCGCUCCGCAGAAACAAUACUUUACUGUUUGAUCGUAAUCUCAAAAGAGGCAAGCAUUUCCUUCCGUGAACUUUAGUUGAAACACACAAAGACAAUAAAUGUGCAGUAUACUAUAGCUACAACCCCAUAUUGGAAUUUUAGCCCACUUGGCAGGACUUCCAUUGGCAGGUCAAGGCGGGGCAAACGCAUGUGCUUCGAUGGGAUGCUUUAUGCUAUUUGUCAUUAUACUGCUUUAUGUACGGUCCUGCCCCAGACGACAUGAGUGUCUGGGAGUGAGACGGAGUGGGACCCAGGGGACCAGUGUUAUUGAAUGGACAUCACAACUAGACAAACAGGCUCCAUCCAUCCCGCUCUCCUGGUCAUUAACUCCUUAGGACUCCUCGGCCAAUCAGGCUUUGUCAUUUUUACAUGCGGCACAAUACUGGCUGACAUCCAUUCGCUUUCGCAAAGAUAUAAAUCACCAGUGAGGGGCCCAUGUUUUUGCUCAUUUAGACAAAUCGAUUUUCUAAAUGUAUUCUCUCCCCACCUUUUAAGAGAAAAAAAACGUAGCCAUUCAUGAAAUUGCUGUUUUCAUUUAGUUAAAUUCCCGUUAUUUACACGCCCUCUAAAUUAAAAUGUAGGUUGAUGACGUUCAGAAUAAGAAACUAAAUGACCUCCUAAACUUGAUUGUAAACCAUAGUGUAGUGAUAACAAACCAGUGGAGUUUAUUUUUGUUCUUUAUUUACAGAAUUUUGUAUUUAAACCUACAUAUUUGUAUUGUAAUUACAUUGUACAAAGAUAAAUAAAUAAUAUAAUAUUAA